AUGACCGAAGACUAUCAGGAUGCACAGGAAGCCAUCUGCCAUGACUUCAAGCUCCCAGGAUUGAGGUUUGGGUGUAUCACGGACCUCUCUGUCGGGAUUGCCAUCCCUUACAGUGGACAAUGGAACUCUCGAAACAGGGAAUGCGAUGGAUAUCUUUGGUACCUUAGGCUCUUAUUGAUGCUCGUGGAUGAUCUUAGACCAUAUGUAAAUGUUGCGCCACAAUAUAGUAUCGACAUAUGGCCAGACAAUCAACCACGAUUAGAUUCAUCCAUUACGACAAUUCCCCGACCAAAGGCGAAGCAAAAAGUCCCAGAUUUCGUUAUUCUCCUCGCACGGCCAAUUGAUCGUGUUACCAAAACUGUUAUCUUUCCAGAAGAUUACGUAUCCCUUUUCGAAUGGAUGAAAAUCAAGGUGGAAAAACUUACAAUGGCUAUUGUUGUCGAGAUUAAAAGGCAACCUACACGUAGCUCCUAUAACGAAGGGUUAUUUUUCACUUCCCUAUGGUAUAACCUUUCAAGAGCACGAAACGACGCCUCGCGUCAGGGCGCUCUUGUUUUUAAGAAGGAUAGCGACAAGGAAGAACUAAUUCUUAUGGCAUGGAGCGGCGUAUGGUGGUCGUGGAGGCUGGUUACCAGAUUGACGAUUUUAGAUCAAGAAAAGAAGGGGCAGAGGGUACAGAAGGAGGAACAGGAACAGGAAGAAGAAGAGGAUGGGGAGGAGGAGGAGGAGGAGGAGGAGGAGGAGGAGGAGGAGGAGGAGGAGGAGGAGGAGGAGGAGGAGGAGGAGGAGGAGCAAGGUGAGGAACCGGAGAUUGUUGCAGGGCAAGAGGCAGAAGAGGGAGAGGGAAAUCCGGCUUCUGCAAAUCGUCAUAACAAUGAUGACGCAGGAAACAGAAGGCGAGCCAUACGAAGAUUCUACAGCGGGCCUGGCAAUGAGUUUGUGCGCCCAAUUACUGGUAACAUCUUUGAAGCCAUACCCCGCAAAACAUGGACAGCGCCACUGCUACUAGGGUCCGUAGCCUCAAACCAACACUUCUAUCUCAUUCAUUUUCAUCUAAAGAAAUACCUUCAUGAUAUUGUACCAGAAAGAACUGCUAGACAAGCAUGCGAAAAGGCCCGGGUGGAAAAAGAAGCCGCUGCAAAGGCGGCCAACCAAAUGGCCGAAAAGGCAGUCAAGAAAGAUGUUGGGACAAAUACGGAGUGUAAUGAAAUCCCACACCCACAAGCAAGUGUUGCAUAG